AAAGAAAAUAUUGGACUAAACUUGGCCAUACCGGCCCCGCCCGGCCCAGGUGUGGUUGCGCCAACCUGAAGAGUGAAGGCUUUAAAGUUUAAACACCACUUCUCCUCUUCCUUCGCUGCAACCUUGACUUUCGUGCGCCGCAGCCGAAGAAUACCACCGCGAAGGCCUUAGGUUUGCUGUCCAAUGGUCACCAGUUCGAGUCCCCUCAAGGCCACUGGAGGUCUACCUAACCAUUAACUUCAGGGCCCCGUGGCAUUUGUUGAGGAUGGAAUCUCAAGUGAAGCAUGCUGUGGUGGUGAAAGUUAUGGGUCGGACUGGAUCAAGAGGUCAGGUGACUCAGGUGAGAGUCAAGUUUCUAGAUGAUCAGAACCGGUUCAUUAUGAGGAAUGUUAAGGGACCAGUGAGGGAAGGUGAUAUCCUUACUCUGCUAGAGUCGGAGAGAGAAGCAAGAAGGUUGCGUUGAUAGGCUUAUUGGUUAGGAAUCCGUUCCUCUCAGUUUUGGUGACCCUUUUUAGAAUGCUCGCUUCUCGCAGUCGGUCAAUGGCUCUCAAAGCUAUAGGAUAAAAAAAAGCCGUAUCAGCGUGUUUGUUUUGAUUUAUUUUGAAUUCCGAGUGGAAUGUUUAUUCAUGAUGCUUUAAAUCUGUUAUCUUGGAUAGACCAAGCUUUGUUUACAUUUUUGGUAUGAAGUUUUGCAUUUAGAUUUA